AAUUGUGGUUUAAGAUAGUAUAUAUCUACAUUAGAAAAAACUCAAAUAAAGUUAUAUGUAGUUGUUAAUCAGGCCUAAGAUUUUCCAUUAUUCAAUUCCUUUUUCUGCAGAAUUUGCAGUUUAAUGCAACAUAAAUCUAAAGCGAUGGGAAAAAAACUUAACCGUAGAGUAAUGCAAAACCUCAACAAGAGAAUAAAAAGAGUGUCUUAGAGGGAACCAGUAUAUUGUAUUAUUAUUUCCAAAGGGAAAUGGGAAAUUAUAUUGUUAUAUAAUCUCAGCACUCCUCACCAUCAGUUGGAACUGAAUAAGAUUUAUGGAUGAGAGGCUAGAAAACUUUACGUCCACUUGUCUAAACUGAACUUUUCAAGCUGCAUUGCAAUAUGAUUCAACGGCAGAUGUUUGUUUUUUAAAUAUAAAUUAGUCAAUUAAACGGAAUUAACAUUUAAAUGCAAUUGUAGUGUAACAGUUCAAGGUUUUUACGGGGGACAAUUAAAAAAAAAAAAAGUAUUUAUUUUUAUGAGCAUCACCAACACUGAACUUGAAGGAAGAAUAUGACGGUGGCAACGUUAACUUUUAGCCCCUUUGGCAUAUUUACUUGUAAUGGAUGGUACUGGAUAUCAUAUCUUAUGAGGCUUGCAUUAAGGUUGAACCUUUUCACAAAAAUAAGGAGGAGUACUUUUUGGCGUGCCCAAUUAACGUGAAUAUGAUAAAGUAUCAUGCAUGGCUGACCUGUACCUCAUAGUGAUGACAAUUAAAUAUCACUUAUUAUUGAGCAGUGAAACAUAGAACACAUUUACAACUCGAGUACACAAAUCCAAUUCUCUUCACGUGGUCACAGAUAUGAAAGGCUUCUACCUUUUUUUAGUUACUGGUUGACUCCAAAGUAUUUAGAUCCACCACUACAACGCUAGUAAUGGGAGUAAAUCACAACGCAAUCUUCCCUAAACGUGGCUCUGAUAAAAAAACAACAUCGCUUAUGCCGUCAAACUAUGACAAAAAAAAAGUAUCUGGUCCACACAAAGAUAGACACGUAAGUUCACACAAAUACACCCUCUACCUCCCUCUAGGUGUUAUUCCUUACCACUCAGGCGGAUUGUGGUCUUUAUAGAGGAGCACGCGUUGAAGUAAAAUCGACCUAAAUGCAACAUGAACGGGCAUCAGCUCAAUGAUCUCCCCGACGAGUCUGAACAAAUGAGACCAUAUGUCAUCUGCUUGAGGCGACAAAUCCUUCAAACCAACGACUUAUCUGUUCAGACCUUCUCCGACAACUUUCUCAUCAAGUUCCUGCGAGCCAGAGAUUUCGACGUGGCUCUUUCUUCGAAGCUCUUGUUGAACUACCUUCAGUGGCGCAAAGAUAGUCCUGAGAUAAGCAGCUGUCUGUCUCCCUCGUCUGUGCUCGGACUUCUCAGUACAUCAUACCAUGCUGUCCUCCCACAGCGGGACCACACUGGUAGCAGAGUUCUCAUUUACAGGAUUGGGCAAUGGAACCCAAAGGAAUGGUCAGCUUUUCAUGUGUUCAGAAUCAGCUUGAUGACAUCUGAGAUCAUCUCCAUGGAGACAGAAACACAAAGACAGGGUCUAAAAGCCAUAUUUGACCUACAGGGGUGGAGUUUAGGUCAUGCUCUGCAGAUUAACCCUUCCCUUGCAAAAAAGAUAUCCUCUGUACUUUCGGACUCUUUUCCACUGAAGGUCAGAGGAAUUCAUCUGGUCAAUGAACCAGUGUUAUUCCGCCCUGUCUUUGCUAUGAUAAGUCCCUUCCUGCCCGAGAAGAUCAAACAGAGGGUGCACAUACAUGGCACAGCAUUCCAUAACACAUUGAGAGAAUUCUUCUUGCCACAUGUCCUCCCUGUAGAAUAUGGAGGAGAGGGGCCAGGAAUAGAGGAGGUAUGUCAGGGCUGGACCAAUCAGCUGUUAGAAUCAGAGAAUCUCCUGAAACAGAUUGCUGCACACCCAACAGGUGACAUCUGUGAUUACUUACACUUCCAAAAAAAGUUGAAAGUGAAUAGCUGUCGUAAUGAUGAUGUUUGAAACAGAGGCAGUGUAAAACGACAAUCAAAUACACUUUUAUGGAUUUCAAAUGGAAACCUUUUUGAUCAAAUAUGUUAAGGUCAAACUGUAAGUCUAUCUAUGGAUAUGUAAUGUUGCCAUACAAUAUUUCAAUAUGCAAAUAGUUAAGUGUGUCAGGACAGCGUAAAAAAUAUUGCAUAUGCGUGUGCUGUUUAAACCGGUAUCUUUCAGUAAAAAUCUAUUUGAUCAGCAGUGCUUUUAAUUACAUUUGCGUUGUUCGGAAUUGUUCUACUUGUUAUAUUUGCUCACUUCAAACCUGACAAUAAGAUUAGCUUGUGUUAUCUAAGGUAAAUUCACAUAUAUGUACUUUCCAUCCAAGAUUAAGAUGAAAAUAUGGCUUUCAUGUGGUGAUCUGGAGUGAUGCUUCAAUAAAAGACAUAAAGAAAACCCAGCUCCUGUAAAUUUCCAUUUUGAAUUUGUUUUUUGCAGAACCUGAACGUUGGGGUCUAAUUUUCUCUGUCUCUCAGUCUGUAUGUAAGUCAUAAUGUUAAAAAACACUGAUUGUUUACUAUUGACUGAAAUUUUGCCAUUGUAUCCAUUUUCUGUACAGAAUUUACAGUAAAUUUUAUAUAAUCUCCUUCAAAAACAAGUAUCUCUUAUAAUAAAAUGCUAUAGUUUGA